AUGUCUGAACAAGAGCAACAAGUUAACGAGACUGUCGAACAACAGGUCGAACCUCAAGUUGAACAACAACAAGAACAACAAGACAUGGAAGUCGAACAACAACAACCAGAACAGCCACAAGAACAAGGCGAAGCUCCUCCUCCUCCACAACAGGAACAAGAGCUUGAAGGUGAUUACCAGCAACAACAGCAAGCCCCACAAGGUGGCCCAGAACCAUACUACUCUGCUCCACAUGGCCAAGACAGCCACGUCUACGGUCAACCUUCCCCACCACCAAUGCAUGUUGAUCACGGUCACCAUCACCACCAACAGGAGGAAGGUGAAUUGUCCACUACAAGAUUGUUUGUUAGACCAUUCCCUCUGGACGUCCAAGAAUCAGAAUUGAACGAAAUUUUCACUCCUUUCGGUGCCAUGAAGGAAGUCAAGAUCUUAAACGGUUUCGCUUUCGUCGAAUUCGAAGAAGCUGAUUCUGCUGCCAGAGCCAUUGAAGAAGUGAACGGUAAGACUUUUGCCGAACAACCACUAGAGGUUGUCUUCUCGAGAAUCAUCCCAAAGAGAUACAGAAUGACGUUGAAAAACUUACCAGAAGGCUGCUCUUGGCAAGAACUAAAGGACUUGGCCCGUGAAAAUAACUUGGAAACUACUUUCUCAAGUGUUAACACUAGAGAUUUUGACGGCACUGGCGCUUUAGAAUUCCCAAGCGAAGAAGUUUUGGCCGAUGCUUUAGAAAAAUUAAACAAUAUCGAAUUUAGAGGUGCUGUUGUCACUGUCGAAAGAGACGACAACCCACCACCAAUCAGAAAAUCUAACAGAGGCGGCUUCAGAGGUAGAGGCGGUUUCAGAGGUGGCUUCAGAGGUGGUAGAGGAGGGUUUGGUGGUCCAAGAGGCGGCUUUAGAGGUGGCUUUAGAGGCGGUUUCGACGGCCCAAGAGGCGGCUUCAGAGGUGGUUUCAGAGGCGGUUACGACGGCCAAAGAGGCGGUUUCAGAGGUGGCUUUAGAGGCGGUUUCGACGGCCAAAGAGGCGGCUUCAGAGGUGGCUUCGAUGGCCAAAGAGGCGGUUUCAGAGGUGGCUUCAGAGGCGGCUUCAGAGGUGGUUACGACGGUCAAAGAGGUGGCUUUGGCGGCUCAAGAGGCGGUUACGGUGCCCCAAGAGGUGACUACGGUGCCCCAAGAGACUCUUACAGAGGUAGAGAUGCUCCACCACGUGAAAGAUCUCCAACUAGACAAUAG